CAAGCUCUCCUACAGCCUUCACUGGGUUAACGAGAAUAAUUAAUAAAGGCCGCACAGCGCUGAGAACGAGCCAGCAACACACGAGGCGACUCGGAGCAAGACCAAGAGAGAAAUCAAGACCUAGACCGAGAUUUACGAAGCACCAUUCAGCACUUGAGGGGCGAGGGUGUGGACAUAGCCCGGACAGCCAUCACGCCCUGGGACGAGUGGCGAGGGCGAUGCUUGACUUGUGCCGCUGACGAGCCGCUGACAUGGGUGGCCACAGCUGGCAGCGAGCGGGAAGUGAGAACAGCGGCGGGAGGAGUGCCGAGUACGGUGUUGGGGUCAGGACCAGUCAGUCCUCGCCCAACUCUCGUCGUAGUGGCUGUGUUGCCGCACCAGUUGCUUUCCACGACUCGCCGACGAUCGCGCUCCCUCGUGCCUUACUGAGUGCCCCUCGUGCCUUGUGUGUGCGCUGGGGACGCUUGUUUGCACUCUCUUUGUGACAUUAUUACUGGUGUUUGGGAUUACUGGAGCCAUUACCUCAUUUUGUGCUGAAGAUUCUUCCCCGACUCAGGAACACAUUCAGCCCGACGAGGCUGACGAAGGCAGCACUCCAGCAGGCUACCUGCAUCCCUGGCAGCAGCCGCAGCCCCAUCCCGCCCUGACGCCGCUGUCUUGCAGACGCUGACACAAGUCGCGCACAGCUCCGGACGCUGGACUCAGCAGAGCUGCGGCCUGCAGCUCCAACCUGCGUGAAGGGGCGUCCCCGUCCAGUCGUCUGCUCGCCUUCCAACACCAGUUUCGAGUCAUGGCGACCGGGACCACCGGUGCUAUUGUCAAGACUGGCGACAUGGUGCCUCUGCACCAAAUAACAGACACAGCUGCUGGCAUCCCUUGGUUCAUGACCACCUCACCAUCAUUCAGCACAUCCCAGCCUGCCUUUCAACGCUUUAGCCUCACCACCACCUGCCCCGCCUCCAAGAGGAACAGCAUAGCGUCGCUGAUGGGCGGCUCCAGUGCCUGCAAGUUACCCGAGCUGGUGGUGAGUGACGUGCUGGGUGUGGGCCUCCAGGUGCUGGACUUCACUAUGAGCUACAUGCCCACCUCUGUUCCCUACGUGCCAUUCCCCGCCCCAUCACCUCCUCAGCCACCCACGAUGAGUGUGGCUCCAGGAAACGGCAACAUCCCAUCUCCCAACUCGGCAAUCAUGGCCUCAGUGGAGAUGACAAAUGACCCUGUCACUAAAGCCGUCAUGGAAAAUGUAUUAGGACGUCUUCCCACCAAGGUGAAACCAAAGGUCACUGUGCGAUGUGAUGUCUGCAACCUAGAAUUUUAUUCACAAGCAGUCUUAGAUUCCCAUUUAGCGGGCUCCAAGCACCAGCGGAAAGUAAAAUCAGCAGAACUCAUGAAAACACUAGAAGAAACAGAAACUGGAUUUGAGCGUGAUGAAGUUAGUGGAGUAAUUCGCUGCAUUGUUUGUGAUGUGACUGUCAACUCGCCACAACUCCUGGCAACUCACAUAGCAGGAAACAAACAUAAACAGAGGGCUGCCAAGCGUUCCGGGGAGUCUGGCACCGCGCCACCGACCAAGAGACCUUGCUCUGGGGUCACAGGCCAAGUUUCAAUGGAGUCUGCAACUAUCAGAAACAGCAAUGGUGGGCCUCAAGAUCCUACCCACCAGGCCAACAACACUUCCCUCCCCAAGACUGGCAAUUCGACAGGCAGCUCCUCCCUAGAAAUUCCUGAUUGUGUUACGAAGUUGGAAGAAACAAAGGGGGGUGGAAAAUAUCUCUGUAACCCUUGCCAAGCACAUUGUAACUCAGAGCAGCAGUUAGCACAGCACUUGACUUCACGAAAACAUCAAGAUAAGUUGAGUGGACGCAAACCAGAAAGAGGAGGCUGGAGAGGACGGCAGCGGCCAGGCUUCUAUGGCAGACCUGGUGGAAGAAAUAUUCACUUAUCUUCACGAAAACAUCAAGACAAAUUGAGUGGACGCAAGCCAGAAGGAGGUGGCUGGAGAGGACGGCGGCGGCCAGCCUUCCGUGGCAGACCUGGUGGGAGAGGCCGGCCUUCCCACACUUACACACAACCACUCUCCUCAAACUUUGUGGCUGGAGGAGCCUUGCUGUGAGCCAUAGCUAGUCAUGGCUAACCACCACCACCAAACCCACACUUAUAGUGAGUGCAUGCAGGGUCAGGGCUGAGGCAAGUACAAUACCAGUGUUAUGGCUAAUUUUUUGGCUUUUGGCUGAAGUAUUUAUGUAAAUUUAUUUUUUAUUCAGUAUUAUUGCCUUGUUUAAUAGAGACAUUAAUUGAAGUCAUUAGGUCCUAUUAGAUAUACUUAUAUGAAGUAUUGUAUAAUUCCCCAUAUUGAUUUUUAUUGUUUGUGCAGGUUGAAAACCCUUUGUCCGGAAUGAUAUAUUGUCAUGAAAUUGAGAAGUUUUAAGUGUUGGCAUUGUCUUUGAUUGAUUCAUAUUUUCACAUUGACAUGAAACAAGCAGUACACCGACAUCAUUUCAUCAAGUACAGAAGUUACCACACUGAAUUUGAUAUUUAAAGCAGGAUCAGGGAUGAAAAUUUAGAUUUGAGGCAAUGAAGGUUCUAGAAAAUUUACAUUGGUUUGAAAAAUUAGAAACAAUAGUCAUGAUUUUCAUUGCAACCUCAUAUUUUAAAGUGCAAAAAAAAAACUUACCAUAAUUGAGACAUCUAGAUUCAAAUGGACAUCUUUGCCAAAACAGGAUUUUGAGUUAUUAGUGUAAAAAGUUGCAAUGUUUAUCUUAUUGUCAGAUUCAUAAAAAUAGAACCAUAUUGCAUGGUGACCACCUCUUUUGCCUUCUGUUCACUGACUGGCAGAAUAAGCAGUUUAUGCAGCCAUGUGACACCUUCCAGACUAGAGUGCCUCUCUGGUUCUGUAACUUUCAGAGUUGGUAAUAACUUGGCACAUUGAAAAAACAUAUGGCACUAGCCCAUUUGUUUGCUCUCUGGAUGGUCAUAUCUUCUACUGCUGGCUAAGGUAAUCUCAUAGAGGAGGGAUAUGUAUCUUUCCUGAACCAGGCUCUACUCAAAACCAGUAAAUUGAUGCAGAUGCCCUUUUGAUUCUAGAUGCCUCAGUUCUAGGGGUAAUAUCAUAGUAUUAGAAUAGAUAUUUAGACAUUAAUUUACACUUAUAAUACUCUUUUCCAGAUGUUAACCACAUCAUAAGUAGAGGUACAUAUGUGUAUUUUCCAAGAUCUGAAAUCUAGAACAUUUCUGGUCCAAAGCAUUCCAAAUAAGGGAUUCAACCUGUAAUGAUAGGAAUUCAAUCUGUAUUUUUCUUCAUAGUUGAAUGAGGAAGAUAAAAACAAACUGAGAUGUUCUUAGAGCUAACUUUUCCUUCUCAGGAUUAAUACCAAAAAUAUCAUUGUAUGAAAACAAAAUUGCAAAUCUGCUGUGGUAGUAAGCUAGGGAAACAUUAAUGUGAUUCAUUGGUAAAUACUUAAAGUGUUAUCUAAUAUUCCUUUGCCAGUGGAGCAGUACUGGAUCUCUCUCUCUCUCUCUCUCUCUCUCUCUCUCUCUCUCUCUCUCUCUCUCUCUCUCUCUCUGGAAUUUGAAUGUUGAUAACUCAAAUAGCAAGAUUUUUUUUAUUUUAUUUUAUUUUUUUUAUUUAUUUUUUCAAAAGUAGCAACUGUCAUUUAUUUGAGCUCUUCCCAGGUAGAUCUGCAGCACAUCACUCAAGGCACUCAUUUCCCUGUCAAUGUACUGCACAAGUAAACAAAUAGAUAUCAAAUGAAUACUUGAAAUACAUUCUCAUUGAU